AUGGCCAGGGUAAAUGGCACCAUGAUAAAUGAAUUCAUUCUUCUGGGGCUUACGGAUGAUCAGCAGUUGGAAGUCAUCUUAUUUGUAGUGUUUCUGAUCAUCUACGGUAUUUCUCUGUUAGGUAACCUUGGGAUGGUCAUGUUAAUAUGGAGUGACCACCAUCUUCACACACCCAUGUACUUCUUCCUUGGCAACUUUUCUUUUGUAGAUGCCUGCUACUCCUCAGCUGUGGCCCCCAAGAUGCUGCUGGACUUCCUAGCAAAGAGGAAAGCCAUUUCGUACAAUGGGUGCAUUCUUCAGUUCUGUGUGUUCUGUUCUUUUGCAGACAUAGAAUCCUUGCUGUUGGCUGCAAUGGCAUAUGACCGUUAUGUGGCUAUCUGCAACCCACUCAUGUAUAAUGCUACAAUGUCUAGGUCUCUCUGCAUCUGUCUGGUCUCUGGAUCCUACCUUGGGGGAAUUGUAAGCUCUCUCAUACAUACGUGUUCUGCCCUAAGGCUGUCUUUCUGCAAGAAUAAUGCCAUCAACCAUUUCUUCUGUGAUCUCACUGCACUACUUGCACUCUCCUGCUCAGAUACCUCCCUCAAUGAGAUGCUGCUAUUUACUUUUGGCAGCUUAGUUGAAGCAAGUAGCAUUAUCACAAUCCUUGCCUCCUACACAUUCAUAAUUGUAGCUAUACUGGGGAUCCGCUCCACUGAAGGCAGGCUCAAAGCUUUUGCCACAUGUGCCUCCCACCUGAUUGCUGUCACUAUGUUCCAUGGGACGCUUCUCUUCAUGUACUUUCGACCCUCUUCCAGUUAUUCUAUGGACACAGACAAAAAGGCCUCACUGUUCUACACAGUGGUGAUCCCUAUGCUCAACCCCCUCAUCUACAGCCUGAGGAACAAGGAUGUGAAGGAUGCUUUAAAAAAAAAAAUAAAUCUAAACAUUUUUCCAGGUUGA